AUGACCAAGCGCGCGCGCACGAAUGUCAUAGAUGACAUUCCCAACGUUCCCAUCUGUUUGAAAUCUGCGCUCGAGCGAUGGGGCCUGAACGAAGUCGGGAGAGGCGUGAGCGAGCGAUUGAAGUGCAAACUCGUCCCGGUGUGUUACAACGCCAAUGACGAACGUAAAUGCAUCGAACGGGGCGUUCCGGCGCUAUGCGCGAGCGAGGAGUAUGCAUCAGACGUUUUCGCGGAGUUACGUGGACGAGAUGCGAUUGAGUGGGCGACGACAUCGGAUUGGAGUACGUUCGACGAGCGAGGGAAAGUCGCCAUGGUCGGCGGCUGGGGUGCGCCUGGGACGCACGUGCUGAGUAAUCGCGACAUGAUAAUUGUGAAGAGUUUCGGGGAGGUCUUACGCGGUGAGAAGCCUCUGAAUUUACAGAUGUUUCAUCGAGAGGACACGAGAGUGCCGGUGAUGGCGAGAAAGCUGCGUUGGCCCGCCGAGACUGAAUUUUUUGCCACGGAUGGCGGCCCGGAGGUUCCUGGGCGGCUACUCGACGAUGCGACGCGCGUGAGCGCGAAGGGAGCGAUGACGUGGUGGCACUUAGACGAUUGCGGUGAGUUUGUGUGUCAAGUGGGACUUCCGGAGACGCGGGAGCUGCAAGAGGGCGUCUUGCUUGGCCCAACCGGGAAGCCGGUGGUGAAGCUCUUCUUCUUUGCUGAGCGAAGAGAUUACGCUUGGAUCGCUCAGGACGCGGAGAUGAACAAGACAAUGCGGAAUUGCGCUUUAGGGAUAUUCGAUACGCCGAGUCAUUACUAUCCUACGGUAAGCGAGAUGGCGGCGCCAUCCACGGCGCCGCUCGACUUGGAGUCGCCGAAGAUGUUUGAAGGCACCAGGUGUGAGUCAGGAAUAGAUCCGUGCCCGGUCCUCUGGGUUGCCGCGCUCGAAGCCGGUGGUCCGCCUCUCCUAUCGCCACCAAACGUCAUUCACUGCGUGCUCACCGUGAGAGAUUGCGUGAUGUGCGAGGAGCGACGACUUUCACUCGCGUUCAUGGAUGAAGUGCUAUAUUUCCAGCGACGUGCAUCACGCUGGUGCGAGCCUCCGAUAUUUUAUACCUUCGUUCGAGAAGACUUGCGCGACGCCAAGAAAGCUAGGACAAAUGCGGUUCGUCCGCUCGCGGCGAUGUUGGAGCGUCUGAAACGGGAUGGCUCAUCGGCGGACGAUGCGUACCGGGUCUCGCGCUGUCUCAUGUCUCUGAAAAUUCUGGCGAAUCAUGCACCCGAGUUCUACGCUCUGGAUGCCGACGGCGUGUCCGAAGCUCGUCAUCACAUCGAUGCAAUGACAUCGUGGUUGAGUGAGGACGACGCGAGCGGUUUUCGCGCCAUGGUACGUACCGCGGCACAAAACGAUCCACGAGCCAUCGAGGACGCCGCGCUCGCAGAAGCUAUGGUUAACGAAACGCUCGGUCAGCACAAUCUCGGUGAUGGAAAGGUGUGCGCGGUAGUUCACGAGAAGGGUCGUCCGCGAUGGGGACCGGUCCGUACGUCCGCCUCACUCGUCGCGAAGGAUCGAAAAGAUAUGAAGAACGCCAUUCGCAGCGGGACGCUCGACGCAUUGCUCCUCGAGUAUCGCCACGAGGUUUUGUAG